UUUAUUUGGAGCUAUCCUUGCCCAAAACAAUUAUCCAAAAAUAAAAACGUGACCGAACGCAUAAAUUACAAUCGCUAAUCGCUGCGUAAUUAUUAUUUAAUUGGUGACUCACAUUACGGUUAUUAUUCUUAAUUAUAACUGACGCGAUUUGGAACUAUUGAGAAACGUCACUUGAGUCAAGACACUAACCUCAAAUUUGAAACGUGUUUCAAAUUCAAAUAAACCGCACAUAGACACCAUGAACAUCAAAGAACUGGAUUCACGGCUUGUUCUAACAUCGGGGGACGCUGUCGUGACGCUAGACCCCACUUCAGGGGCCACCUCAAGUACCACCAUCCCAGCCCCCCAUUUGCCCCCAAACCUAACAAAAGGACAACUCGAAGUGCUCAACAAGCAAGACCGCACAAUCAGCUCCCUCGCCACGUCACACACCGGACAAUACAUAGCCGUGUCUACCGAAAACAAGCAAAUUGUUCUAUUUGACAACAACUUAACCCUAGUCAAAAGCUUUAUAGUGAAUAGGGCCGCAAGCAAAGUGCUUUUUACCAAUCAGGACGAUAUACUAGUGGCCGACAGGACUGGAGACGUAUUUUUGUAUAAAUUCAGUGACGAAAAGGCCGAGCCGACUUUACUGCUGGGGCAUUUAAGCAUGAUUUUGGACAUGACUUUAAGUGAGUGUGGAAGAUAUAUUGUGACGUGUGAUAGGGACGAGAAAAUUCGAGUUUCGCAUUUUCCGAACACUUACAAUAUUGUUAGUUUUUGCUUAGGGCAUGAGGAGUUUGUGACUAGGGUUGAAUUCGUGAGUAAUGUUUUAGUUUCUGCGUCAGGGGAUGGUACUGUGAGGGUUUGGAAUUUUUUAAAAGGGGAACAAUUAAGUGACGUUAACACCAAUAACAACGUCGAUGAUGCAAAUUUAUUGAAGGAGUUGUCGCAAGAAAUGGACAAGGAGAAGGUUGAUGUGACCGCUUUGCCCAUUAUUGAUAUGCAAACUUUUUGUGGUGAUGGUGUUUUUAUUGCCGUUUCGUUACUUAAUUACAAAUGGAUCCUAUUGUAUAAAUUAUCACUAGAGAAUUACUCUUGUCAGUAUGUGAAAAGUAUAAAAUGUGACGAAACCCCGUUCAAAUUUUACUUAACCAGCAAUUUAUUCAUUUUUGAUAACUCAAAAUUGACCAUUUAUGAUUAUUGUAAUAAUUCAAGUCGUGACGCUACUAAACCGCCCUUAAAAAUCACCGAUUGUCACAAUUUUAUUACAGUUUUAUACAAAAGGAAAUUCGAUAACGUUCAGGAAUAUUUAGAAAGGAAAAAACAGCGACUGGAGUCUUGCAAAUAA